GAAAAGUAAAAACAGUUGGAGUCUUGGAGGGGUCUGGCUACUGGGCUUUACCCUUUUUUUCUUUUCUUAUUUUUUCAAAUAAUUUCGUUUCAUUCUUCUACUGGCCCAGCAACUGGAUUUCGACGAAUCGACCAAGAUCAGAUCAGAGUCUCCUCGUUCAGUUGGCUGGCGGAUAUCUAUCUCUGUUGGGUUCCAUGGUUAUUACAUUACUUGUGACUUCUGGAAACUCUGUAAGGAUAAUGGGUAAAUUGUGGGAGCAUUUUUCAACUCUGUUCUUAUACCGGUUCCCUGACGUGUUACGCAAGCAGCGAGGUGGUGCUACAUUGUUUUCAUGCAUUUGAGCUUCACAGUUCUAAGAUGAACUUGUGUAAUUUUUCUAACAAGUAAAAUAUAUAUGUAAUGGCCUUGAGCAUAAUUGCAGGAAAUAUUUCUGCUAUAAUGAGUCGUAUAGCAGCCCCUCAUUCUCCAAAUGUAUCUUCGGUAUCACCUGGACUGUUACCUUCAGCAGGUCCAGAUGAUGACUUUAAUUUACUUAACCCUAGACAGAAGAACAAUUUGAAACUUUCCAAAUCCCUCCAAGAUUUAUCUGCAUACAAAUUUGAACGAGAAGAAGAUGAUUUUAACAUAGGAAAUAAUGAGAAUGCCCGUCAUGCAAAACUGCUUCAUCCCUUACAGAGAGAAAGUGCCACAGCAAGUUUUUCAAAGGAGAAGGCCUUGUCAGCAUCCCCAUUUGCAAGGAGGAAAUGGAUGCGAGCAACCAUGGCCAUUGUUUGCCUGCUUUUGUUCGUUUUCCUUAUCUAUGUAGGUGCUAGGUAUUUUAGUACUUUCUGGUCUCAAAGAACAUCAAAAUAUUAUGUUGUACUUGAUUGUGGAAGCACUGGAACUCGGGUUUAUGUAUAUCAGGCAUCUAUUAUUCAUAAAAAGGAUGGCAGACUUCCUAUCUCACUCAAGUCAUUACCAGAAGGAAUUCAAAGGAAAUCUAUGUCACGUGCUGGCCGUGCUUACCAUCGAAUGGAAACUGAGCCUGGGUUGGAUAAACUAGUCCAUAAUGUAUCUGGGUUAAGGUCAGCAAUAAAACCACUUCUUUCAUGGGCAGAGAAGCAAAUUCCUAAACAUGCUCAUAAGAGUACUUCACUCUUCCUAUAUGCUACAGCUGGGGUCCGAAGGCUGCCACCUUCAGAUUCACAAUGGCUUCUUGACAAAGCAUGGUCUAUAUUGAAGAAUUCAUCAUUCUUGUGCCAGAGAGACUGGAUUAAGAUUAUCACGGGCAUGGAGGAAGCUUAUUAUGGAUGGAUUUCUCUUAACUAUCACAUGGGUAUGCUAGGCUCCAUGCCAGCAAAAGCAACAUUUGGGGCACUUGAUUUAGGUGGUUCGUCAUUGCAGGUUACUUUUGAGACUAAAGAACUCAUGCAUGAUGAGACUAGUUUAAACCUGAGCAUUGGAGCCAUUAACCAUCACCUUAGUGCCUAUUCUCUCUCAGGUUAUGGUUUGAAUGAUGCCUUUGACAAGUCUGUGUUUCAUCUUCUCAAGAAGCUCCCUGGGAUUACUAAAGCAGACCUAAUUAAGGGUGCCAUAGAACUUAAUCAUCCCUGCUUGCAAUCUGGCUAUAAAGAAAGAUACAUCUGUUCCCAUUGUGCUUUGUUAAAUGAUGAAAGUGGGAGCCCUCUGAUGGGUGGGAGGAAUCUGGGUAAAGGAGGAAAACCUGGAUUUCCUGUGAACCUGAUUGGUGCUCCACAGUGGAAAGAAUGCAGUGCACUCGCAAAGAUCACUGUCAAUUUGUCUGAAUGGAUGGAUUUAAAUCAAGGACUUGAUUGUGAGCUGCAACCUUGUGCUCUUAGUGAAAGUUUACCCCGUCCCCAUGGGCAUUUCUAUGCCAUGUCUGGCUUCUAUGUGGUUUUUCGGUUUUUUAACUUGACAUCAGAAGCCACUCUUGAUGAUGUAUUGCAGAAGGGUCAGGAAUUCUGUGAAAGAACAUGGGAAAUUGCAAAGAACAGUGUUGUUCCACAGCCUUUUAUAGAACAAUAUUGCUUUAGGGCACCAUAUAUUGUGUCUCUCUUGAGAGAGGGCUUGCACAUCAGCGAUCACCGAGUGUUUGUUGGUUCUGGUAGCAUUACUUGGACACUUAGUGUUGCUCUAUUGGAAGCUGGUCGAACAUUGUCAACUGGAAUGGAGCUCCACAGCUAUAAAAUACUUCAAAUGAAUAUAAACCCACCCCUUUUUGCUCUAGCGUUCAUGUCACUGGUGCUUAUUCUAUGUGCAUUAUCAUGUAUUGGAAAUUGGAUGCCGAGAUUUUUCCGAAGGCCCUACCUCCCACUUUUCAGGCAUAACAGUACAACUUCUACAUCUGUUCUCAAUAUUUCAUCACCAUUCCGGUUCCAGCGUUGGAGUCCUAUCAGCUCAGGAGACGGGAGAGUAAAGCUGCCACUAAGUCCUACCAUUGCUGGCUCCCAGCAGAGACCUUUUGGUUUUGGAUAUGGUUUGGGAGGCAGCAGCAUCCAGCUCAUGGAGUCUUCCUUACAUCCACCUACCAGUAGUGUUUCACAUAGUUAUUCCUCAGGAAGCUUGGGGCAAAUGCAAUUUGAUAAUGAUGGUGGAAUGGGUUCAUUUUGGGCCCCUCACAGAAGUCAGAUGCGCCUUCAAAGCAGGAGAUCACAGUCUAGAGAAGACCUUAAUUCAUCACUGUCUGAGGCACACAUGGUGAAGGUCUAAAACAUAAUGCUGAUUUGACUUUUAUCAGCUGCCAUGGAUUGAGGACAGCUCAUUGGUAUUCAUCCGUGAGCUGACAAGAUGGUAUUUUGUAGUCAUCUCAAGAUGUAAAGAGAAUUACUUGUGAAGAUUGAACAGUAUCAGGAUACCUCAUAAAACUUGCAAUUUUUUGGCAUUCUCUCUC